AGUGGGGAUGAAAUCACGUGACGGUUCAAGAUGGCGGCGGAAAUCAAGUCUCCAGUUCCUCCGCAAGGAAAUGUCCGAAAACCUCAGCUAAUAAACAAGUUAGAGGGCAUUUCAGAUGCUAUAAAUAUGGCUGUGAUAAUUCCGCGAGAAGACGGUGUCAUUAGCGUGAGUGACGAUAAGACAGUGCGGGUGUGGUUGAAGAGGGACACUGGACAGUACUGGCCCAGCAUAUGUCAUAGCAUGCCAGCCGAGGCCUCCGCUCUGGACUAUAAUGCUGAAACCAGGAGAUUGUUUAUUGGGAUGGACAAUGGAACCAUCUCUGAAUUCCAGUUGGCAGAUGAUUUCAACAGAAUGACGCAAACAAGGGAUUAUUUAGCUCACCAGAACCGUGUGACCAGUCUGUACUUCACACUGAACUGUGAGUGGGUUCUCAGUGUUGGCAGAGACAAGUACUUUACCUGGCACUGCUCUGAGACUGGCAGAAGACUGGGAGGAAGUCAGGCCAAUGCCUGGUGCACCAGUCUCAAAUUUGAUGAGCAAUCCAAGGUGGCAUUUGUAGGUGACUACGGGGGGCACAUCAUGGUCAUCAAGGUGACAAAUAACUCCUGUGACGUGUCAACCACAUUGAAAGGACACCAAGGCAGUGUGCGGUCACUGGCGUGGGAUGCAGAGAGAAGUUUGUUGUUCUCGGGCAGCUUUGACCAGUCUAUUAUAGUGUGGGAUAUUGGUGGUCAGCAGGGAACAGCCAUAGAACUACAAGGACAUCAGGACAAAGUAGUCAGCUUAGUAUAUGGUUCCUCCUCUAGACAGUUGUUUUCCUCUGGAGAUGACAAUAUGUUAGUUAUAUGGAAUAUGGAUGUACAGAGGACAGAGACACCUGAGUGGAUAGAAAGUGAUAUGUGCCAAAAAUGUGAUUGUCCUUUUUUCUGGAAUUUUAAAAGAAUGUGGGAACAAAAAACAAUAGGUAACAGACAGCACCACUGCAGAAAAUGUGGGAAGGCUGUGUGUAACAACUGCAGCAGCAAGCGGUCCACGCUCCCAGUGAUGGGCUUUGAGUUUCCAGUGAGACUCUGCGAUGCUUGUUUUGAUUCAAUCACAGAUGAAGAUCGAGCACCGAUGGCCACAUUUCAUGACAUGAAACAUGCUGUAGUUUUCAUGCAUUUAGAUGAAACUAAGAAAAGGUUGCUCACAGUGGGCAAAGAUAGAAUAAUUAAGCUCUGGGAUGUGAGCAGUGUGCUGCAUUAGUGAAACUGAUCUGUGGACACAGAGAUAUUGGACUCCAGUUCAGCAGGAAGCAAAAGGACAAAUUCUACUUUUAAGUAGAAAUAUUCCAAGGAAUACAAACCAGAAAUCUGGGAAAAUCAAGAAAUAUUUGUACAGAAACUUAAUAUGUCAUAUUCUUCUUCAUAAUAAUUCCUUUGUCAAGAAUUCGACAGGAUCAGAGCCAAGAGGUCAGGAAUAAAAAGCCACGACGAUCAAAAAUGAUAACUAUAUAUUGGUACUUUGAAGUAAACUGCUUUCAGGAAAAACAGACAUUAAGUGAUCCAAUUUUAAUUGAUAAAACAACAAAAAAAGGGUCAGUGCUUGAGAUAGCAUAUGUGCAAGGUAUGACAGUGAACUGAAGGAGUUCAGUUUCUCAAGUGCAUUAUAUCUCGGUGACCAAACAAAUAUAAGAAAAUGGACUUACAGUACCUGUAUAAGCAUGAAGAAGGUACCUAACAGUCGGAGUUUCUUGGCAAAUAAACUAACAUUGCCAUGCAGUAGUUUCAUCUGAUGAGAAAUAAUAAUAUUAUAAAUAUAUUAUAUAAUUGUAUGGUGCUGCCUCUAGGUAAAGUUGAACCACACAGCAGCUCUACCUAAUCAUGUGGUGAUUGCAUUGACAAGCUAAGGGUGUUGAACUGUGAGUGAUCAUAUUGUUAUCAGGUAAAGCAUUCUUGUCUGUCUAUGGAGGAUUAGGAGUACAAUUAUAGUAUCUCUUGCAACUUGAUAAAAAUUAGAGGAUGUAUGUGUUCAUUGCAAGUGAUUGAUUUCAUUGAUCUGUGUACAUAUGUAUUCAUAAAUGUAGAGUUCUGAUAUGAUCAUGGAUUUGAUACCAUGUGAUUGGUAGGGGUUGAACUUUAAUCAACGUAGCACCCUAAUUAGAUCAGAAAAGCACUGCACUCCACUUUGCUUAAAUUGUAAGUUAAAGGAACAUUCAUAGGGAGUACAAGUGGAGAAUCUCUCUCUCUCUCUCUCCCGUGUGUAGUGUUAUAGCAAAUGUAAUAUGUUCAAAUUCAUACAGCUGUAGUUGUAUACUGUUCAUCAUUCCAUAGCCAGCAUUUUAUGUAGCAAAUCCUCAAAAGCUUUAAUUGAACUGCAAACUAUUGAUUAACCAUUUCAAGACAACAGUUUCCAGCAGAUAACAACACCAACUUAAUUAGUAAGUGUUAUUUCCUGUCAAGAGAUGGCUUACAAAAUCCAGUGUUGGUCAGAAUUUCAACCCAAGUACAGGCUCUCUGAUAUGUAAUAUUGCAUCAGUUUAACUAUCAAAAGCAAAUUGCUGGCUAAAAAAAGUAAAGGUAAUAUUUUUUUUUCAUCAUGUAACACUUUGUUUUUAUCAUUGAAGAUAUACAAAUUGUGCCAUCUUGCCUGCUUUACCAGUAUGUGUUGUUCACUCAUUUGCUUACUGGACAGGUUCUUCUACAUUCUCAUUUCUAUGUGAUUCACUCAUCUAGAAAUUCCUUAACGACUAUCUAACAUUGGUUGAGACAGUCUCACAAGAAAUGGCUAUUUAUGCAAGUUUAGAAUUAUAUUAGCAUAUGUAUUAGGAUACACUUUUCAUUGUGGUGUGUAUUAUUUAAAAAAAUUGUUGAAAUAUUUUUGGGGAAGAAAUUAGUUGAUAAAAAUCAUUCUUAAAAAAUUAUGAAGUGAGGUUAUUGAAAUGGGGGAAGCAAUUUUAGUGUUGUAAGAACAUCUGUUGUAGUUUACAUAUUUUUUUAUUUAGAAAAUAUAUUACAAACGUCAACAUUUUCAGGUUGACAACACAAAAUGAGCAUAGAUUGUAUUAGGAAUAAGACAGUAGCGUGCAGUCCACCAAACUGAUUAAGUCGUUUUCAAGCAAGCAGUGGUCUAGAUCUGUAUGUACAGUGAUGCUACAUUGUAUGCAGCAGCUAGACUCCACUUCACAUAGGAAUAGCCUUCUUACUGUCACAAUGGUAACACAUGCAUACAUACACCCUGAGAAAAAUUUUGUUUCCAGUUGUCUUUACUGUUAUCUUGAGUUAACUAAUAUAAAGACACUAAGGACGUGAAAAGAAUACAACACUCUUUCCCCACAUGGAUGGUACUACAAAUUAGCAAAUUGCCCACUGUAUUUAUAAUGGCAAAUGAAAUCAUGUAAAUAGUAACCAUGAAAUGGUUAUUAAAAAAUCUUUGGUUACCUAAUGCUAGCCAUUAGACUCUGUUUAUUUUAUGAUGAAAAGUAUAAAAAUUACAGAAUAUUGGAAAUUUAAUCAGCAAGCAAUUGUGGAUAUUAAAAUAAAAUAUGCUCCAUUUUUGUUGUCUGCUUUGUCUUUUGCUGACAACUGUGUUGUUGUUUAUACAUAUUGCUUCCUUUCAUACACCCCUUUCAAUUUUCAUUUUAAUAAUGCCCACCUUUUCUGUUAAUUUGUUUUUUAAAUCUACAGAAAUAAAUGUGUCACUGAUCCUUUC